GCCCGUCUAUCCUCGCCGCAAUUGGUGAUGGGGGGACUAAGACGGAGGAUCUCUGCACGACAUUACGCGAAGAUCUCCAGCAGCUUUCUCACGCGUUCGUUAGCUAUAGGCUAUGGCUUCCAGGUGAAUCCACGCCCUCACUAUGCCGCUCAUCUACGCCCAUCCCGGAUCUUUCCAAGUUGAGCCGGCCGAGAUGGCCCCAGCUGCUCCGAACCCAGAAGGUUUGGUGCUCGGCCUCAUGGAUCCCUGGCCUCCAAGUGACUGCCACACCCUGCCACCCACCGGUGUUCCUGUCUGGCUAUCGAAGAUGCGGCAUCUGCGAGCACAGAUGCCGAUCUCUUGCCAUAUUACCCCCCCGCAUACGACGCCCAGCGGCGUGGGUGACCCUGCAACCUCCAACUCAUCAAGUCCUCCUGCGUCAACACCCGGUCCGGGCAUCGACUCCUCCGGCAGGUUGUUUCCGAGGUGCUCGUUUCCUUCGUUCUCGCGUAUCCAUUGCGAGUCUCUAGGUGUGAGGUUUGCCGCGGUGGGAAUCUCUCUGGCAAGCGUCCUGCUAGACGACUUACACCGAGUCGCCGGCAUCUUUACCCCGACGCCAGGCAAACUGCGGUCCGGCGUGUUUCCCUUCCCGGUCUCCCGCAGUCUGGCAAUCACAAGACCUUCUUCGGCCGGUGGUUUCUCAGCUGCCUGCAUUGCCUACUCCAUACAAAUGCCGGAUCCUUGGGGGGAAUCGGGCCAAUGCCCACUCGACUUGUGUUGCACUUGACUUCCGGAGCCGAACCCACCCCCAACUUUAGCCUCACGCCCACCCAAUCCGUUAGCUUGACGAAGAAGCACUUUUCAACUGCCAUUGCCCCCUGGGUUCUAUUAAAGUCCCUCAAGUCCC